AUGGCUUAUCGGGGCAACCCUCCACUGCACAGAACGAGCUCGUCUACCGGGAUCGUUACAACUCUUACAGAAAGCUUGGGUUGUAAAGCCACUGCCAUCAGCGUGACGGCCCCGUUUUGUAAAUACGGCUAUGUGAUUGUGGGGAAUGAGGAUGAUACGCCGGUGCCUGUUAGGGCCAUGGAUGUGGGUAAUUUGCGUCAGUCGCAAGGGGAUGAACUGGCGGCCAUACUUAGUAAUGGCCUGAUAGCUUUCUUGAAGUUUCCUGCAGUUUCUAACGGCAAAGUGGAGCCUCCUGUAUUAACUUUCCAGCAGUUACUUCAAGAAAAUGUUCAAACCAUGAAAAUGCUGGAUAUCGAUAAAGAUACGGUUAUGGAACUGCUCACCGUGAGCACCGAUAGGAAAGUGACUGCAUACCGUUAUGACGAAGUUGGUCUACUGACCUUACGAAGUUGGGAGGUGCCAGCUAACGUGACAGGAGUCUCUCUUGGUAUAUCACGUAGUGGUUUUGUUCUUGGAAGUUUUGCGCAGGCCAUGCAGCAGUUUGUUGUUAGCAUUAACCUUUCUGUAACGGAUGGAGUGAGCUUCCCGAAAACACUAAUAUCGGACCCGGCACACUUUAACAUACAUUCUAAUCCUAUUGAAACUUUGCUGCUUGGAACUAUUGUCAAAACUGUGCUCCUCGUUGAUGACGAUUACAACAGUGCAACAGAACUAAAAAAUGUUGGAAGCAGCAUAGUCGGCAUCGCCACGGUUAAGCUCAGUCGGGGUUACCAGCUAAUACUAACAAUAGAUCAAUGUGGUUUGCUUUUAGUAUACGGUUGGCGCGAGAAAACGGUACCACAACUGCAUCCUUUACAUAAAAUGCAACUUAUAGUGGAACCGGUUUACCUUAGCGCUGUGGCAGACCAUGAAGGGCUCAACCUUUAUCUAGGUGUUACUAAUAUUUACUCGACACUCGCGGUAUAUCGCUUAAAUUUACGUUCUUUUAUCAGUUUAUGA